GCUUUGCUGAGGCGGGGCUGCACCUCCUCCCACCCCCACUCGUGUCCGUGUGCAGCGCCGGCGGAGGACCAUGAAGGUGAAGGUGAUUUCUGUCCUGGAGGACAACUACAUGUACCUGGUCAUCGAGGAGAGCACCCGGGAUGCCAUCGCGGUGGACGCUGCUGUCCCCAAAAGGCUGCUGGAAAUCAUCAGGAAGGAGGACGUGGUGCUCAGAGCCAUCCUCACCACCCACCACCACUGGGACCACGCGAGGGGCAACGAGGAGCUGGCGAGGCUCUGCCCCGGGCUGCAGGUGUACGGCGCCGACGAGCGGAUCGGGGCCCUCACGCACAGGGUGGCACACGGCCAGGAGCUGACGUUUGGGGCCAUCCGGGUGCGGUGCCUCUUCACCCCCUGCCACACCUCGGGCCACAUGUGCUACUUCAUGUGGGAGGAAGGCUGCCCGGACGCCCCGGCGCUCUUCUCAGGUGACACCCUGUUCGUGGGAGGCUGUGGGAAGUUCUUCGAGGGCACAGCUGAGCAGAUGUACACCAACCUCACCCAGACCCUGGGGACGCUGCCAAAGGAGACGAAGGUGUUCUGCGGCCACGAGUGCACCGUCCGGAACCUCAAGUUUGCCUUGAAAGUGGAACCUGAGAACGAAAUGGUGAAGAAGAAGCUGGCCUGGGCCAAGCAGCGGGACGAGGAGGACCUGCCCACGGUGCCCUCCACGCUGCAGGAGGAGUUCCUCUACAACCCCUUCCUGCGCGUCAGGGAGGAGGCCUUGCAGCAGUUCACCGGCAGGACAGACCCCGUGGAGGUGCUGAGGAUCCUCCGCGCCGAGAAGGAUAACUUCAAGAAGCCCAAGGAGCAGCCCCACCCCCAGGCCGUGCUGGCCUUCGACUGGGGACUUUUCAGCCCCUUCCUGGAGCAGAAGUGAAGCUCAGCCCUGGAGCAGGGGCUCCCAGUGCCCACCGUGGUGGGGGCUUCCU